UUUUCCUUUUUUGUUGUUGACUUGAUCCCAACUUUGGUACAAAACUUUCAGCCUGUUGUGCUUCUGAGGAGUGGACACUAUGGCGUCCAUAAAGCCGAAGCUGAAGGCGCUGAAAAAGCGGCGCUCCAGUCUUUUUGCGAGUGUAAAACGGGACCUGAGCUUUUCGCAGAGCACAGAGGAAGAAGAGUACAUAUUCCCUUUUUCACAGGACAGCUCCGUAAAACCCUGGACUUCAAUGGACAACCUCGACAGCCCGGAUGUGAAGCAUGUAAAGAGGGAAGAUUUGCCAAAUCCAAGGAGAUCCAACAUAGUCAAUUUAAACAUAGGAGGAAAGGUAUUCCACAUCCCAAAGCAUCUGGCUCUGCGAUAUCCAAAGACUAGGAUUGGUACCCUCGCCAUGUGCGAUGACUCGGUGAAGAGGCUGACUCUCUGUGACGAUUACAAUGUCGUGAGCAAUGAGUUCUUCUUUGACAGGGACCCUAUGUUUUUCCAUUACAUAUUCCACUUCUACUGCAGCAAUGUCCUCUGGGUGAUGGACAGCCUUUGUCCUAUCAACUUUGAGGAAGAGAUGUCCUUUUGGGGCCUGAAGCUGAAACACACUCCCAGGUGCUGUCGGAUAUUGUUCGAGGAGAAGGUGGAUGACAUUAGAGACCAGCUGAAGGUCAACAAGGAGCUCAUUGAUGAGAUUAAGCCUCACCAGGAUGAUGAAAGCUACAAGACCAUGUUCCUCGGAGGUUUGCGGAAGGUCCUUUGGGACUUGAUGGAGAAUCCGUACUCAUCCCUACCAGCCAAAGCGUUUGCUGUGUUCUCCAGUCUCUUUGUACUCAUCUCCAUCGUUGCCAUGACCAUGAAUACAGUCCGUGAACUUAGGGAAUACAAAGCUGGAGGCAAAACAUUAAUGGAAUGGGUGGAAAUCUCCUCUAUCCUUUUCUUUACCCUAGAAUACUUUUUGCGACUAGUUACCACAUCCAAUAUCAAACACUUCUUGAGGAGCGCCCUCAAUUUUGUUGAUGUGGUGGCCGUCAUGCCCUACUUUCUCCAGAUCAUCUUUGAGACAUUUGUCAUUGAUACAGAAGAUGUUAGUGCAAAAGAAGACCUAAAAGCCAUGUCAAGAGUCAGUAAGGUCAGCAAGGUGCUCAAAGUCGUCAAGCUGAUGCGGAUCUUCCGCAUCCUGAAACUGGCACGCCACUCUACCGGCAUGAGGGCCUUUGGUUUCACCAUCCGCCAAUGUUCUGAACAGGUAUGCUGUCUGUUUCUGUUCAUCGCCAUGGGCAUCUUCACCUUCUCUGCCCUCAUGCAUUCGGUGGAGGUGGAUCAGCCUGGGACGCCAUUCAGCAGCAUACCAGAUGCCUGGUGGUGGGCCGCCGUGAGCAUCUCUACCGUCGGUUACGGAGAUGUCGUUCCGAUCUCCUAUCUCGGCCGCUGCGUGGCAUUUGGCUGCAUCUCCUUCGGCAUCAUCCUCAAUGGGAUGCCCAUCUCCAUCCUGUUCAACAAGUUCUCUGACUACUAUGCCAAACUGAAGGAGCAGGAAUACACAUAUUCCAACACUGAGCGCACAUUCCAGCUCAAGAAACGCCUCCGGCGUAAGUUUGACCGCUGCUUUGAGCCGCCGCCCGAAGACUCUGAAGAUGAGAUUCACUAUCGACCCAGUGGAAGGCACACCGACUUGGACUAUGACUUUGAUGACUGAUGCUUUCCACCUAAUUGUGUCAUCUUUAAACCGAAACGGCCUUAUGACACAUGGGUCUGGAAAGUUUAAGGACUCAACCUUCUGGAUUGCUGAGACUAUGGAGCUGAUCUGAUUAAUCUAAGGAGGCGACAUGGAAGCAGCAGGGCACAGAAAUAAGCUUUAAGCCACGGCUUUGCCAUCAGUCCCACUAAACGCAUAGGGUGA